ACAUUAAAUCUUCAAAGGAUAGUCUGCAACCGUUGCUUAAAAGUGAUUAUUCUAUUAGAACUAUGAAAUACUUAGCUGCUUACUUGUUAUUGGUUCAAGGUGGAAACACCGCUCCAUCUGCCUCCGACGUCUCCUCCCUCUUGUCUGCUGUGAACGCUGAUGUUGAUGAAGCCAGAAUUUCUGCUUUGUUGAAGGAAUUGGAAGGUAAGGACAUCCAAGAGUUGAUUGCUGAAGGUAACACCAAGUUGGCUUCCGUCCCAACUGGAGGUGCCGCUGCUUCUUCAGGUGCUGGUGCCGCUGCUGGUGGUGCUGCUGCUGCUGAAGAAGAAGCUGCUGCUGAAGAAGAAGAAAAGGAAGAAUCUGAUGAUGACAUGGGAUUCGGUUUAUUCGAUUAGAUGCUGUAAUAUAGAUCUUUAAUAUAAAUCGGCCAGUUAUUUACUCGUAGUGGAUGUGAAUUGUGUAGGUGUUUAUGCUAAAGUCGUGUAUCAUUAAAAUGUCAGGAUGUGAUGUAAAUGUGAAAUGUCAGGAUGUGAUGUAAAUGUGAAAUGUCAGCUGGUAUAGACUGUCAGUUGGAUGUAUAUGUGAUAAUUGUUCCAUGCCCCAACCCCUCAUACCUCUCGGAGCAUCUCCACCACUUGGGAUCUGUUGGCUCCGUCCACCUUGAACGCUAUCGAAUCCACUAGUAACUUAAACCUGCUCAUCUCGCUCCGCAUCAGAUUGUCCACCAGCAGAACCACCAACCGGUCGUCUUCAAUGGUCAUUCCCAUCGCAUCCGCCAACUUCCUCCGCAACAACUCAAGAUACUUCAUCUUAGACUGCUUGUACUGUAGCUGCUCAUUUGUCUCUAGUAAGCGGCUCCUCACCACUCCGUACUGUUCGAGCAACUCAUUAUCAAGUCCCAUUUUCUGAUCAAGCUGGCGGUACAACGUCUGCU